CAGAUUGUUCCAUAUAAGGAGGUGGGGUUUGGAGAAUUGAUCGGGCCACGUCAAUAAAAGCACCCAUAUGUUGUACUGAACUAGUGCAGAGUAGGCUCUCGGCAAGGAUACAGCAACAGUAGGCUACCAGCUGAACUAUCAUAAACGAUAUUAAGAGUUAUAAUUUCCACUCCUGUUUAUUACAAUGGACUGCGCUUUUGAUCACUUGGAUGCUGUUGGUUUUCUGGAGAUUUGGCACCACUUUGAUGCAGACGAUAACGGUUACAUUGAAGGGAAGGAGUUGGAUCAAUUUUUCCGUCACAUGAUGACGAAAUUAGGUCCGGGGGAUAAGGUAACAGAGGAGAGGGUCCAGAGGCUGAAGCAGAGGUUCAUGUCAGCCUAUGAUGUCACCGCAGACGGACGCCUGCAGAUCCAGGAGUUGGCCAUGAUGAUCCUGCCAGAGGAUGAGAACUUCCUCCUGGUGUUCCGCAGGGAAGCCCCUCUGGAAAACAGUGUAGACUUUAUGAAGAUCUGGAGAAAGUAUGAUGCUGACAGCAGUGGAUACAUAUCAGCUGUAGAGCUGAAGGGUUUCCUGAAGGACUUGUUCCAGCAGCACGGGAAGGCUGUGUCCUCCAGCAAACUGGAUGAGUACACAGACGCAAUGAUGAACAUUUUUGACAAAAAUAAGGACGGUCGCUUGGAUCUGAACGAUUUGGCCAGGAUCCUGGCUCUAGAAGAGAACUUCAUGCUACAGUUCAAAAUGGAUGCCUUCAGUCAAGAAGACAGAAAGAGAGACUUUGACAAAAUAUUCAACCACUAUGAUGUUAGUAACACCGGAGCUUUGGAAGGUCCAGAGGUGGAUGGCUUUGUAAAAGACAUGAUGGAACUGGUCAGGCCCAGCAUCACUGGUCCAGAGCUGGACAAACUGAGGGCAGUGCUGCUGGGACACUGUGACGUCAACAAAGAUGGAAAGAUCCAGAGGAAUGAGCUAGCACUGUGCCUGGGAAUGAAGCCCAAAAAGGCCUAGUACCUUUCUUCAUCAUACAGAGAAGAGAAUACCUCUACUACUGAUCCUUCCCCUCACUCUGAUGUAUCCAGAACAGCCAUAACUGAUCCUUCCCCUCACUCUGAUGUAUCCACAACAGCCAUAACUGAUCCUUCCCCUCACUCUGAUGUAUCCAGAACAGCCAUAACUGAUCCUUCCCCUCACUCUGAUGUAUCCACAACAGCCAUAACUGAUCCUUCCCCUCACUCUGAUGUAUCCAGAACAGCCAUAACUGAUCCUUCCCCUCACUCUGAUGUAUCCACAACAGCCAUCUUUCUGUCCAAUCUUCAAAAACAAAGAUGACGAAGACGACAGCUGCCAGUGUUUUUGCAUGUUGUGUAUUUUCUUGUGAAAGAUUCAAAUGAAUACAGAAUAAUACAGGUAGCCUACUGGUAAAUUAAUACAGAAUAAUACAAGUAGUCUACUGGUAAAUGAAUACAGAAUAAUACAGGUAGCCUACUGGUUAAUGAAUACAGAAUAAUACAGGUAGCCUACUGGUAAAUGAAUACAGAAUAAUACAGGUAGCCUACUGGUUAAUGAAUACAGAAUAAUACAGGUAGCCUACUGGUAAAUGAAUACAGAAUAAUACAGGUAGCCUACUGGUAAAUGAAUACAGAAUAAUACAGGUAGCCUACUGGUAAAUGAAUACAGAAUAAUACAGGUAGUCUACUGGUAAAUGAAUACAGAAUAAUACAGGUAGCCUACUGGUAAAUUAAUACAGAAUAAUACAGGUAUCCUACUGGUAAAUGAAUACAGAAUAAUACAGGUAGUCUACUGGUAAAUUAAUACAGAAUAAUACAGGUAGCCUACUGGUAAAUUAAUACAGAAUAAUACAGGUAGACUUAUGGUAAAUGAAUACAGAAUAAUACAGGUAGCCUUCUGGUAAAUUAAUACAGAAUAAUACAGGUAGUCUACUCGUAAAUGAAUACAGAAUAAUACAGGUAGUCUACUGGUAAAAUAAUACAGAAUAAUGCAGGUAGUCUACUGGUAAAUGAAUACAGAAUAAUACAGGUAGCCUACUGGUAAAUGAAUACAGAAUAAUACAGGUAGCCUUCUGGUAAAUGCAUACAGAAUAAUACAGGUAGUCUACUGGUAAAUAAAUACAGAAUAAUACAGGUAGCCUACUGGUAAAUGAAUACAGAAUAAUACAGGUAGCCUACUGGUAAAUGAAUACAGAAUAAUACAGGUAGCCUACUGGUAAAUGAAUACAGAAUAAUACAGGUAGCCUUCUGGUAAAUUAAUACAGAAUAAUACAGGUAGCCUACUGGUAAAUUAAUACAGAGUAAUACAGGUAGCCUACUGGUAAAUGAAAGUGUAUCUAUUUGAAAAAGGCAGGAGAAUGUUCAAGACUGUGUUGUGAAUGAUGCUUCUUUUCCUUGUUGUGUUUUGUUGGCCUGGCCAUAGCUGGCUGUUGGGCAAUUUGCAUGUAAGUGUAGUACUGUAUUGUACAUUAGGUGGGUUGCUGUUUUUAAUAUUAUAUGAUGAUGUUUAACAAUGAAGAUUCAAUCAAGAAUA